CUCUAAACCUCAAGCCCUACCAACUCUAAAUCCUCCCCUCUCUACUCUCGUGCUCUGUUGCCAAGCUCCACGCCUCCGCCGACGGGGCGCUCAACGCCCACCGACGGCUCAAGUGCUUGGUGGGAAUGGCUGAGAUGCAGAGAAAUUCAACAGAGAGGUGGGUUACUCAAAUGAUCAGGAAAUCUCAUGAAAGAGAAGGAAAGGAAGCUCCUGGGACUGUUAUGGGACGUGGCAUUACCGAUGCUGUCAACUAUGGUGACGAUGCCACUUGCUCUGCUGGUGAAAAUAGGUAUCCUGGUUGGCCUGGAACCACAGUCUUCAGGGUUUUAAUUUCUGCCACCAAGGUCGGUCAAAUCAUUGGCCACAAAGGAGAAAAGGUUAGAAGACUGUGUGAGGAAACAAAAGCCUGUGUCCGCAUAAUAGGUGGUCAUCUUGCUGCGGCAGAAAGAGUUGUUAUCAUAUUCGCAAAGGAGCAACCAGAUGAACCAAUACCUCCAGCCAUGAAUGCACUACUAAGGAUAUAUCAGCACAUAAUCAAUGAUGAUGGUCUAGACAUGGGAUCUGAUAGUACAGCUGUGGCACGGAUUCUUAUACCAGCUGAACAGGCAGUGAGCCUAAUUGGGGAGCAGGGUUUGAUGAUAAAUUCUAUCGAGGAAGCUUCUAAAACUAACAUUAAUGUCCUUGAUUGUGACUUGCCAUUAGUUGCACUUGAAGAAGAUAGGAUUGUUGAAAUAUGGGGACAACCUGCACGAGUGCGGAAGGCUUUGGAGCUCGUUGCUUCUCAUUUGAGGAAGUACCUGGUUGAUAGAGGUGUUAUCCCAUUAUUCGACCCUCAUGUGUCUUCGCCGAUGUUACACAUGGAAACUCACUACAGUGACCAUCAUGAGGGCAUGCCCCCUUUUCACUACAGUGACCAUCCUGAGGGCCCUCUACAAGCAGUUAGUCCAGUCUGUCAUUCUGAAGAUCACCAGCGUGAACCUCCAUGGACUCAAACUUGCUAUUCAAGAUGCAGGAGCAUGAAUCUUGUGGAAGAUGAUGUGCUUGAGUACAGAUGGGAAGCACCUAUAUCUUUUGGAAGAUAUCGAUCAGUUACACCUCCAUGCCAUGGUAUAGGUGCAUAUAGACAAGAAACAUUUUCACCACCCAUAAGAACAUUUCUAUCAGCUCCUAUAGAAUUAGGUUCGCACCACAACCUAGCUACAUAUGAAUUACGAGCAAGCCCUCUAAUUGGUGCAUCAGCUACCGUUGAAAGAAUACGUUCCCUUAUAUCUGUCCAUGGUCAACAAGCACGUCCAAUGAGGAAGACAUGUCAAUCAGCUAAAAUGGGAAAACAUCCACACUUGGGAAUAUCAUUAUAUGAAGGUGAAUCUCAUCCAAGCAGGGUAUCUGCAUCCGCUGCUGCUGAUCUACCUCCAACUCUUGGCAUGUCUGAAUAUGAACUACAAGCAUCUCCAUCCAUGAGGGUAUAUCCACCAGCCACUGUGGAAAACCUUUUGCACUGCCGUGUGUCUGCGUGUGGGCCAGAAGCACCACCGCAUGUGGUUGAACAUCCAUUAACUAUUAAAUCACCAGCAAUCACUUCACAGGUUACUGAAAAGAUGCAAAUUCCAAUUAUCUAUGCUGAAGCUGUGAUUGGCCCAACUGGUGCAAGAAUUGAUUACAUUCGUCGUGUCAGCAGAUCGAGCAUCCUGAUAAACGAUCUGGAGGGGGAUGCAAUGUCUAUUGAAAUCAAUGGAAGUUCUGCAACAGAUGUUCAGACUGCAGAGCAGCUGAUAAAGAACUUCAUGGCCGAAGCCGCAGCUGCUUCCCCUGGUCAUAAUUUUGACUCCAUCCCACCAUAUUUGCCUUCACCAAGAUCUCCUCGAGCUAAAUUUCUAACGACUUCAUACACUGGAAGAGAAAGUGGUGUAACAGAGCAGCGCCUGCAAAUGAUUUACUGAAGUUCCCAAGCUUCAUUUUUGCACAUAUUCCUGAUACAGGAAAUCCCGUGAGAGUACAUUCACCAAAAGUUUUGAUACCAGUCCUGACAUGAUUCCAUUUUUCCUUACAAGAUUUUUUUGGAGAAUUGCAUCUAAGUUUAUGUGCUAACCGUGAGUUGAAGGCAAAGCUUAUGCCUAGCUAUAGGACAAGGCAGUAAGGCACCAACGUUUUGUAAUCUGGCGUAGAUGAUGCAAAAGAGAGGCGUAAGGAGUCUUAAGCUUUCACCAAGAAUUAUUUUGUACUAGUUGUGAACUAGUCUCUGUUUACAAACGCAGGGCAAAGUAGCUAACACACCCUAGU